UGGAUAUCCCAAGUCUUUAUGUUUCAUAUUUUGUUCUCACUUUUGUAACAAGUGACUUUUAAAGUUACAUACCGACGAUUAAAGAGACUCACAAAUAUAUCCACUUUUAAUAAAUCACACUUCAGAAAUUAAUCUCCUAAGACGCCGAUAACUGUGUUGAAAACUUUAUUCACAUGAAAUCAACAGAAGAAUUUCAAGAUCUAUAUACUGGAAAAAUUCAGCAGCCACAAAGCAUAAUACACAGUUUACUAUGUGCCGUUGUGUAACAGAUCAGGUAAAAACAUUUAAUUUUGGAUGUUCUCAUGGACAACUCAAAGUCAGAAUGACCGAUCAGCGCAUUGUGAUUAACGUUAGUGGUCUUCGAUUCGAAACUCAUACCGACACUCUAAAUCGUUUCCCAAAUACACUACUUGGAUGCCCGUUCCGAAGAAGCCGUUAUUAUGAUUCCCUUAGAAACGAAUAUUUUUUUGACCGCAAUCGUCCAAGUUUUGAUGCAAUACUCUAUUUUUAUCAGAGUGGUGGAAGACUUAGAAGACCUGUUAAUGUACCAAUAGAUGUUUUUACGGAGGAAAUAAAAUUCUAUGAUCUAGGGGAAGAAAUUUUCGAACGUUAUCGUGAAGAUGAAGGAUUCACUAAAGAGGAUAUUCAUAUUCUACCUAAAAAUAAAUUCCAAAGGAAAGUUUGGUUACUUUUCGAAUACCCUGAGAGUUCAACUGCAGCAAGAUGUAUAGCUAUUAUUUCCUUAUUAGUCAUUCUUAUAUCAAUUAUUAUAUUUUGUGUUGAGACGCUACCACAUUUUAGGCACUAUGAACUUCAAUUUAUCGAAGAUUCUAAUGAACUACCAAUAAUUUCUGCCGUUGAUACUCCUCAAGUUACUGGAACACUAUUUAUUUUAGAAUCUAUAUGUGUUGUAUGGUAUACCUUUGAAUUAUUAAUACGUUUUGCAGCUUGUCCACAAAAGUUAGCAUUUUUUAGACAAGUAAUGAAUCUUAUCGAUGUGGUAUCAAUUAUUCCUUAUGCUAUUUCAAUAGGGGCACUUUUAGCUGAAGCUAACAAAGGCCAAAAUCAAGCUAUGUCAUUAGCAAUUCUAAGAGUGAUCAGGCUUGUCAGAGUUUUUCGCAUAUUUAAAUUAUCACGUCAUUCUAAAGGACUACAAGUUCUAGGGAGGACUCUCAAAGCAAGUUUUCGAGAAUUAUGUUUACUUUGUUUUUUUUUAUUUGUUUGUGUGGUUCUGUUUUCGGCUGCAGUUUAUUUUGCUGAAGUCGAUGCUAGUGAAGAACAAUUUCCAAGUAUUAUUGAUGCAUUUUGGUGGGCAGUAGUGACAAUGACUACAGUAGGAUAUGGAGAUAUGAGACCUGUAACAAUGUGGGGAAAGAUUGUGGGUUCAAUGUGUGCAAUUGCUGGCGUUCUAACUAUAGCACUUCCUGUACCUGUUAUUGUAUCAAACUUUAAUUAUUUUUAUCAUAGAGAGUCAGAAAGUGAAGAACUAACUACGUAUGUCCAUGUCUCAGAUGAUCAAAAGGGUUUUAAUUAUCCUGAAAAUAAAGCUUUAGGUAAUUUUCAUGAUGAAACACUUGAGGAUAAAAAUGAAGAAAAAUACAAAGGAAGGAAGGCAACAGUAAUUUUACGACAAUCAUUUUCACAGCCAUCUGACCGUGAAAGAAUUUCUUCUGUAUUAAGUAGUACUUUAAAAAAUCUUGAAGUAGAACAUGAAGAGGUAUCCAGUUGUAUAGAUUCAUUAGGUGAAUUAGACAAUCUAUGCAUGGAAGCAAGAAAUUCUCAGGUGAAUACAAAUCAAGCCUCUAUAUCAUAUAGACAUCAUCAUCAAGCUUUUCAAGAGGUUAUGCAAAAACACGAUAUGCAAACACAGCGAUUUAAAGAUCUAUAUCCUCAACAAUUGAUAGCAUCUAAUAAUAAAAGAAUUUCACUUCUAACUCAUUCAACAGUUUUUCCAGAAGAAUCUUGUUUGAACAAAACGUGAUAUAUAUAAUUUAUUAAUGCUUAUCAUGUAUGUUCACUUGGUUGUUACUUCUCUUAUUAUUCGGAUUUACUAAACUGGAGAAUUUAUAAAUAUUGGAUACACAAUAACCAAGUUAAUUAUAUAUUUACACAAGCCUUCAAAAUAUAUAUUUGUUUAAAACUCCGGUGUUUAAAUGAACGACGAUAUUUAACAUGUCCUGUUAUGAAAUGUUUUUAUUUGAUCAACAUUUAAUGAAUAAGACAAAAGACUUAAUGUUAAAAAGAUCAAUGUAUUCUCCACACACACACACACACACACACACACACACACACACACACACACAAACUUUCCUCUGCAUUUUAUAACAUCCUAAGAUGGAAAUUCAUUCUAUAAAAAAGAUAUUAUUGUCAAUGAAUAUUCAAUUGGACACGAACAAUGGAAUACAAUAAACACAACAAUUUAAUCAACACUUUCAUAAUCAUUUUUCAUUUCUUAUCAUUUGUACAUGAAUAAAUGAAAUACAUAUCGUUAAUAUUACAAAAGAUUUAUCUUUCAUUAAAUAAAACAAAACUAAUCAAGCUGGUCUUAAAAAUUAAUUCCAUUAACAAAUAUUUCAUAAAAACACAAUAUAUAUUUACAUACAUAUAUAGUGAUCUUUAAGUUUCAUAAGUUAAGAUUUUUAGAACAAUAUCAUAUUCAAUGUUUGUUUGUUUUUCAAUGUAAAAAAGAAAAAUUAUUAAUUACCAUUUAUUGAAUGAUUUCGACAAUACCGCUUUGUUUUUUCUUUUUCAUUCUCCUUGUUUUAAAUAAACAAGAACGAAAUUGCUUCGUUGUAAAUUAUUUCACAUUUAAAUUAUAAAAUGAUUUUUGUACGUACUAUGAAUAAAUUGAAAGUAAUGAAAAUUGUAAA